GGGAGUGCCAGAAAGACCGUACCCUAUCGAAACGUAUGCUUAAGCGUUCAGGUUCUCCUUUGCAAACAGCGGAACGGUCGACUUUCUUUGUUACUCGCAUCGAUCUCUUUCUCCUCUUCAAGGACUCCACAUGGACUCUCUCAACUCAAACCCUAACCCUAAUUCCGCCAUCGAAACCCUAGUUCCUUAUCCUCCUGAUUAUUCUACUCCCGAAAAUUUCGAAGACCACGAUCGUGACUCUUCUAUCCCGCCCACUUCCGAUUAUCACAACUCCUCCUUAUUGUCGGGACAAGAAGCUCAGGAUUUCCAAGGUCGAAACUCCUCGAUUUCUCAUGGGGAGAAUCCGGGGUUUAGUUCUGGGAAUGGAUAUGCUGACAACCAAGCGGCCGAUGGUGUUCAUAUCGGUGCCAAUAAUGUGCCGAAGGUGGAGAUUCAGAGGCCGCUGCUGUCGGAGAAUGGAUUUACGAACACUCAUAGUGGCACCGACAAGGACUUCUCCGGUGGCGAAGAGGAGACCACGAGUAGGCGCCGACGUCGGAGCCGAUGGGACCCUCAGCCCGAGAGUAAUGACCAGAGUGGUGGUGAAUCUGGGAGCGGUACGCGGAAGAGGAAGUCUCGCUGGGCUGAUGAUGAGCCCAAGCCGGUAAUUCAACUUCCUGAUUUUAUGGGAGGUAUUGAGUUCGACCCUGAAAUUCAAGCUUUGAAUAGUAGGCUUCUUGAGAUCAGUAGAAUGUUGCAAUCUGGUAUGCCUCUGGAUGAUCGGUCUGAAGGUGCUCGUUCGCCUUCCCCGGAGCCAAUAUAUGACAAUAUGGGAAUAAGAAUCAAUACUAGGGAGUAUCGUGCUCGAGAAAAAUUGAACACAGAGAGACAAGAGAUAAUUUCUCAGAUAAUUAAGAAGAAUCCUGCAUUUAAGCCCCCAGCUGAUUACAGGCCCCCGAAGCUUCAGAAGAAGCUUUAUAUACCGAUGAAGGAAUACCCAGGUUACAAUUUUAUUGGGCUGAUUAUUGGUCCUAGAGGGAAUACACAGAAGAGGAUGGAGAAGCAAACUGGCGCAAAAAUUGUAAUUAGGGGCAAAGGGUCUGUAAAAGAAGGUAGAUUGCAACAAAAGAGGGACCUAAAGCAUGAUCCGGCUGAGAACGAGGAUUUGCAUGUUCUAGUUGAGGCUGAAACGCAGGAAUCACUAGAGGCUGCGGCGGAGAUGGUAGAGAAGCUCUUACAACCUGUUGACGAGGUCUUGAAUGAGCAUAAGAGGCAGCAGCUUAGGGAACUUGCUGCCUUGAAUGGAACCAUAAGGGAUGAAGAAUUCUGUAGGUUGUGUGGCGAGGCAGGGCACCGUCAAUAUGCAUGCCCCUCGCGGACUUCAACAUUUAAGAGUGACGUACUUUGUAAAAUAUGUGGCGAUGGUGGGCAUCCGACAAUUGAUUGCCCAGUGAAGGGAACGACUGGGAAAAAGAUGGAUGAUGAAUAUCAGAAUUUCUUGGCAGAGUUGGGAGGCACGAUUCCAGAAUCAGCAACCAAGCAGACCCCUACACUGGCAAUAGGUUCGGGCACUUCAGGAAACAAUCCUCCUUGGGCUAACAAUACAACAAGCGCCAGCAAUGCUUCACAAGCUGGCGUUGGUGCAAACGGUGUGAAACCUGCUAAGGAAUAUGACGAUACAAACUUGUAUAUAGGCUAUUUGCCUCCAACUUUUGAUGAUGAUGGUUUGAUUAGAUUAUUUUCAACAUUUGGUGAUAUUGUGAUGGCUAAGGUUAUUAAGGAUCGGGUUUCUGGAUUGAGCAAAGGUUAUGGAUUUGUUAAGUAUUCUGAUGUUCAGAUGGCAAAUAAUGCAAUUGCCAGCAUGAAUGGUUAUCGACUAGAGGGCCGAACAAUUGCUGUUCGAGUUGCUGGGAAGCCACCGCAGCCUACUGUACCUCCUUGCCCAUCAGCAUCGGCUGUGCCCACUUAUCCAGUUUCAAGCCAGCCUGUUGGUGUCUAUCCAUCUCAGCAGUUUAUGCCGGGUGGUCCUCUUGGGAAUGUUCCUCCACCUUCAAAUUAUGCAGGAACUCCAGUUCCAUGGGGUCCCCCAGUUCCUUCUCCAUAUGCUUCUUAUCCCCCUCCACCUCCAGGUUCUAACAUCUAUCCGCCAGUUCAGGGUCAGGCCAUGCCUCCUUAUGGCGUCCAGUAUUCUCAAGUCCAGACAGCGCCCCCUGGUGCUCCAUCUCAACCAGUGUCUUCGGGUGAAGCACAACAGAGUUUUCCGCCAGGAUUGCCAUCUGAAAACCCUACUAGUCAGCCAACUACUGCAUACGGGAGCACUUUAUAUUCGAUGCCACCAACUGCUCAACCCUCUUACCCGCCUUCUUCAUACGGUUACCCACCUUAUUAUAGUGCAGCUUCUACUCAUCCACUACCCAUGUCUACAUCAAAUACGGAUCAGCCUCAACCACCCAGCGGGAAUGUUCCGUGGUCUACAAAUCCUCCAUUACCUCCUCCUAUGCCUUCUGCAGGGAAUACAGUAUCAGGUGCAGAUGCUGAGUAUGAAAAGUUCAUGGCAGAUAUGAAAUGAUUCUAGUUCUGAUUUAGCAUGCUUCGAUUUUGGAGGAGGACUGAUGUUUCUUGGAGCUGAUUACUUACCUCUUGCCAUGACUUUGUUGGGAGUUUGGGACUCACCUCUUUAACCUUGCUGUACUGUCUUGACAUUUGCAGAGAUUCAGGCUAGAAGUUCUUGUCACACUGCCUUGUAUUGAAGGAUCCAGUUAAUUUGUGCUCGUCUAUUACUAUUAUUAUUUUUACUUUCUUCAUUACCUACUUCACAGAUUUAGGUAAUGAUAUUUCUUGAUACAUACUUGUUGCUUAUCCUAACAAUUUAUUUAUCAUUGCUUCCUGUUUUGACAUUCUAAGUAAUAUUUUAUUGUUAUGGCGUUGAUGCCUUCCAUCACUUGAUCAAUCAGGUAAUUGUGCCCUCAGUUUCCGUGUGAAUUAUGUGGUACAAAGAAGAAUUGCUUUAACAUUUCUUCUGGUAGAUGUAUGUUGAUUGCUUGGGCUAACAUGAUUCUGUUCAGCAUAAUAUGCUUUUCUGUUUUGAGGGUUCUAAAUAUUUAAGUAUUAUGGUGGUGGUGGUAUUCUUCAUGCCUUCCAUCGGAUCAUGCCCUACAGAUUUGACACCUGGUGGUAUGUGGAAAAACUACCUUGAUUUAUAGCAUUUUUAAUAAUUUCUUCACGUUUAUAAUCUAUUCUGAUGACUUUUUCUAGUUCUCUUAUGGCAGGUUAAAGAUGUCAGACUUGUUAAAUCACAGGCUAUCCAAUUUAUAUAUUGUAAAUCUAUUGAUUGUGUGUGUGUGUGUGUGUGUUUUUUUUUUUUUUUUUUUUUUAUUGUCUUGUUGCCGGUAAAGUGCUAGAUAAUUUUCUGCUGAUGUUGGAAAAAGAAAAGACAACUUUCUACAUGCUUGGGGUAGCAUCUUUGGUUUCUGAUGACAUAUGAGACCUUGAUCAUUAUUUUUGAAUAAUAACCUUUAUUUUAUUCAUUGACAGUAGUCACCCUAAGCUAAUAAACUUGAAAAACAUGGAGUAUUUGUACGUUGUUAUUGAGUUGGUUGGUUGGCUGCCUGUUAUAAUGCGUCUUGUGUGAGGGAAGCUUUUGUUAGAUUAUCCAUUUGUUUUGCUCAAUAGCUUAUACCUUUCCGGUUCUUUAUAGCAAUGGAUUUUAACUCGCUUAUAGAUUGGUGGAAUGUGCUGUUGUGCUUCUGACCAAUAGGCACCGAGUGAGUGCCCUACUUUAUAGAUUGGAUGGAAUGUGCUAUUUGUGGCUCACUUGUUUCAAAUCUCGCUUUGCCUGUUGGUUGUCAUGGUCACGGUAGUGGGGAACAAGGGGAGUUUAAGGAAAAACAUCAUUCCUAAAAGGUCUUAAAAGCAUCUUGUGCUUGCUUGUAUGGUUGUUUUGUUUCUUUUGCACAUCGUUUACAUGGGUCUCAUAUUUCCAUUUUGUAUGGUCCUUCAUAGCCAUCAUAUAUAAUAUAAUGGCUUAAAUCUUCAAGACAAGAAAGGAUGUCUCUCUAGGGGUUUAGGCUUCUUUCGUAAGCUAUUUUUUGACUUUGCUGACAUGACUGUGAGUUCUUAAGGUCAAUCGUAUUAGAUGAUAAAAGUGCCACUAUGUGGUUCCUGCUGUCUGCCGCAUUGGUCGUGGAUUCUUGCUGAUGAAGAACUUGAUUUACAAUUGCCUGUUUCAGUGCAGGAGCAGGAUGUGGUAGUAGUGUUUGAGGGAGUGUUUAAAAUAUUUUGCCUGGAAGAGUUGUAUUAUUUAGUGUUACUUUUGGAGGCAUAUUCCAUAUGUCGUACUUCCUGCAUGACCGAUCUUUGGUAUAUCAGUAAGGCAGUUGAAACUGUACAUGUAUAGACCAUAAUUUAAAACAGUCUCCCCCAAUUUAUGGCCUGCUUUUACUAA